CUUAGAAUUUUGUCCCACCCCAUAUGCCCAUUUAAGAGAAAUGGUUAUUGCCAACUCUAUGCAACAUUUGAACUACCUCUUCAACCAAAAAAAAAAAAAAACUUUGUAACAUGCUCUUCUCUGAUAAAUCUCCAAAACCCAAUUCCAAAUUUUUCUGAUUCUACACAAAAUUAACAUGGAGAGUACUGAUUCAUCAUCGGGUUCGCAACAGCCGAAUCUUCCUCCCGGGUUCCGGUUUCAUCCUACAGACGAAGAAUUAGUAGUUCAUUACCUCAAGAAAAAGGCAGCCUCUGCUCCUUUACCAGUAUCAAUUAUAGCAGAAGUUGAUCUAUACAAGUUUGAUCCAUGGGAAUUACCAGCGAAGGCGACUUUCGGCGAGCAAGAAUGGUAUUUUUUCAGCCCGAGGGAUCGGAAAUACCCGAACGGAGUGAGGCCGAACAGAGCGGCAACUUCAGGGUAUUGGAAGGCAACCGGGACUGAUAAGCCUGUGUUAACCUCGGGUGGUACUCAAAAAGUUGGUGUGAAAAAAGCACUUGUUUUUUAUGGAGGUAAACCGCCUAAAGGAAUCAAAACAAAUUGGAUCAUGCAUGAGUAUCGUUUAGCAGAUAAUAAAGUUAGUAACAAGCCUCCUGGAUGUGACUUGGGUAACAAGAAAAACUCCUUAAGGCUUGAUGACUGGGUGCUAUGUAGAAUAUACAAGAAAAACAACACCCAUCGGCCAAUCGAUCACGAAAAAGACGACGGAAUCGACGAUCUACUCGGGUCGAUACCGCCCUCUUUAACAAUCGGCAGCCAACAGAAUGCAAGACUACAGUUUCUAAAAACUGCAAAUUACGGAUCAUUAAUGGUUGAAAACGACACCAAUCUGUUCGAAGGAUUACUAAACAGUUCGGACGGUAUGAGCAAUAAUAGCUCCAUCUCCAUGUUACCCCUAAAAAGAACACUCCCGUCUCUGUACUGGAACGACGACGUGGACACCGGCGCCGGUCCGUCAUCCAGCAAUAAGAGAUACGAUAACGGUGCCGGAAGAAGCGAUCACGAUCACGGAAAUAACGGUUCAAUGGUCUCUCUGCUCAGCCAACUUCCACAAACUUCUCAUUCAUUGCACCAACAACAACAGCAGCAGCAGCAACAAAUGUUAGGGUCAAUCGGAGAUGGAAUUUUCAGGCCACCGUACCAACUUUCCGGCUUGAAUUGGUAUUCUUGAUUCAUUUUCCGGAGGAGGAGAUGAUAAAAUAUAUACAUGCAUAUACAACAACUAUAUAUUGGUGGAUAUUUAUAUUAAUCAGUCACUCGAAUCUUUUGGACCGGUGUAAACAAUUACGACCAGACUUAGAAUGGAUCGUCAUCAGCUAAUAUUUAUAUAAAUAUAUAAAUACUUGUUCAUAUACAUAGAGAUUAUAGGCAUUAAAGAGUUAUCUUCAGUGGCUUCGUCUCCGAUGGUUGAUUAAUUACAUGUAGCUGCAAAUUUCAGGUGAGGCCAUUAAAACUCUCUUAGAUAUAGAGUUGAUAUAUUUAUAGUUUUAUAACAUUAUUAUAGAAAUAUUGUUAUAAUUAGAGAUGCAUAUACAAGAAUUUAGAUCACCUUCUGAUCAUGUAGAAAAAUAAAAGUUUAUUAUAAAUGAUAUGUAUUUGAUUUUUGAAGUUAUUUUGACAUUGUAUAUUCUGUGUAUAUUAAUUUCUUAAUUCAAGAUACUAAUAUUGAUUAA